UAUUUCAUUCUCCUUAUAGUUUCCCUGAAACCCCAAAUCUUAAUCUCACUAGUUCAAAUAAAACGGCUGAGGCUUUAAAAACUUUAAUGAAUUCAAUCGAUAAGCUUAUGACUCAACUUCAAGAUCAGUGA